AUGGCAGUGGACGACGUGUUCUUCCUGCCGGUCUACGUGGGCUAUCUGGUGGUGCUCGGCUUUGGCGGCCUGCUGGCCGUGAUAACGGCCGGGCUGGUCCACCUCGUGUCGAGCGUGGACGGCAAGACACAGGCCACCGCCGAGGGGUUCAGCACAGCAGACCGCAACGUUAAAACCGGCCUCAUGGCGUCCGUGUUGGUGUCGCAGUGGACGUGGGCAGCUACAAUCCUGCAGUCCACGUCGGUUGCCUACCUCUACGGCAUCAGCGGCUCGUUCUGGUACGCCGCCGGCGCCACAGUGCAGGUGCUACUGUUCGGCAUUGUGGCCAUCAGCGUGAAGCGAAAGGCGCCCAACGCCCACACGUUCCCCGAGAUCAUCAAGGCCAGAUUCGGGACCAAUCUGGCGCACAAGGUGUUCCUGGGUUUUGCCUUCCUGACCAACCUCCUGGUGACGCAGAUGUUGUUGCUCGGAGGCGCCGCGGCCGUGCACCAGUUCACCGGCAUGCAUGUGUGGGCCGCCGCCGCGCUCAUUCCUGUCGGCGUGAUCAUCUACACCAUGAUGGGAGGCCUGAGAGCGGCCUUCCUGGCGGCGUACAUGAACACGGCGUUCGUGUUCGUGCUGCUGCUGGUCAUCACGUUCACGCUGUACCUCACCGACAACGUGCUGGGCGGGCCUUCGGGCAUCUACGACCGGCUGGCCGCCGUCACCGCCCACACGCCGGUCAUCGGCAACGCCGGCGGCUCCUACCUCACCAUGGCCUCCCUCGAAGGAGGAUUCUUUGGAAUCAUCAACAUUGUGGUCAACUUCGGUACGGUGUUCGUGGAUCAGAGCUACUGGCAGAGCGCCAUCGCCUCCAAGCCGUCUGCUGCGGUCAAGGCCUUCCUGCUGGGGGGCCUGGUGUGGUUCGCCAUCCCCUUCACCCUGGCCACCUCGCUCGGUCUAGCCGGCGUCGCGCUCGGCCUCGAGCUCCCCGAGUACAAGGUGCGGCAGGGAAUCGUGGGUCCGCUCGUGGUGGAGCUCCUGCUGGGCAAGGCCGGCGCCCUCGGCUUCCUGCUUAUGCUCUUCAUGGCCGUCGUCUCCACUGGUGCGGCCGAGUGCAUGGCCGUGUCGUCGUUGAUCACGUUCGACAUUUUCCGCUCUUACAUCAGGCCCGAGGCCUCGCCGACGGCGACGCUGCUGGUGAUCCGGGGGUCCAUCGUGGGCUACGGCGUGUUCAGCAGUCUCCUGGCCCUCGUGCUGGUCCACUUUGGGUUCAGCUUGGGCUACGUCUACAUGCUCACCGGCAUCCUCAUCGGCUCCGCCGUGAUUCCCAUUUCUAUGCUUGUGCUGUGGGGCAAGAUGAGCGAGAUCGCUUCAGUCGUCGGCGCCAUCGUAGGGAUGCUGCUGGGUAUUGCGGCGUGGCUGCUCACGGCGGGGGUCAUGUACGGCGAGGUCACGCUGGAGACGACGGCCCACAACGAGCCCUUCCUGGCGGGCAACCUGACGUCGAUCGUGAGCGGCGGCCUCAUCUGCCUCAUCGUCUCCCUCGUCAGGCCCGACAACUUUGACUUCAGUCUCAUGCGCGACUCCAUCGCCCUGGUCGAAGACAAGCACCACCACCACGACGGCCACCACGAUGACGUCAUGGUUGAUGAGGAGGACGAAGACGGCGAGAAGGUCCACCUGCUCUACGACCAGAAGAACAAGAACAAGAACAAGAAGAUGACUGAGUCGGUGGACGACGAAGCGGAGCUCGAGGCGGCGGUGGCGGCGGCGAGCGAAGAGGACAACGACGAGAUGUUGAAGAAGGCGCUGAAGGUGAGCAUCAUCGGCGGGUCGGUGCUGGCGUCGGUGCUGGUCAUCGCCUGGCCGGCGCCGCUGGUCCUCUCCGGCUAUGUCUUCUCCAAGACCUUCUUCUACGGCUGGGUGACCCUGUCGCUGACGUGGGGCGUCGUGGCCGGCACCAUCAUCAUCAUCCUCCCGUGGUGGGAGUCGCGCGACACCCUCGCCAAGGUCUUCAACAAGUUCACCAAGACCGCCUGA